UAUGAUUUUUUUUGGUGGUUACGAUAGGAAAAUACUAACGUUUAAAAUUUUACGUUUAAAAUGUCAACACAAAAAACUAAAGAACUAAGACGUCUUCUUUCCGCCACAAAACAACAGCGUCAACAACAACAAGAAACAGCAUCUUCCUCUAAAAUAGUUCAUUCUUACGCCAAAUAUGAUGCUAAUCAUAAACUCACUUGUAUAGUUUGUAAUGUAAUCAUAAAAAACGAAUCUUCUUGGAAUUCUCACCUUGCAAGCAUAUCUCAUAAAGAAACUUUGAAAAAAAUUAGAGAGUUAAAAGAAAAAGCUUUAAAGACAGAAUCCAGUAGUGGCGAUGUCAACAGAGCGGCAUCUUUAAUAAAAUCAAAAUCACCAACAACGAGCAAUUUUAAACCAAAAUCGAUCUUGAAAAAAGAAUCGAGUUUUAAUUUUGAACAGGAAUCAACCACUAUAAAUGAUAAGAAAAGGUCUGUAGGGGUUGAAGGAAAAGUAACAAUAUCUAAAGGAAAUGUUCCUUCUAAUAUUGAUACCGACAAUAGUAUAAAAAAGUUAAUUGGUUAUGAAGAUGAAGAAGAGGAAGAAAAUGAUUCUGAAGAAGAGAGUGAAGAAAAAGUUUUAGAGCAAGCUAGAGUUAAAAGAGUAAAAUAUAAUGAUGAUUCAUUAACCACUGAGCAGUCUAUACCUCAGACUUCAACAAUACCGCCUGAUUUCUUUGAUUCGAAAAUAUCAGUUGAUGAGGAAGCAACAAUAACAAACAAAUUGCCUUCUGAUUUUUUUGAUACGAAAAUAUCAGUCGAUGAGGAGGAGGAUGAAUCAGAAAUGACAAGUAAAUUGCCUUCUGAUUUUUAUGAUUCGAAAAUAUCGGUUGAUAAGGAGGAGGAUGAAUCAGCAAUGACAAGCAAAUUGCCUUCUGAUUUCUUUGAUGACACGGCGCCGACAGUGAAUCAACAAAUCGAUACUUCAACACAAAAAAUAGAAAUAGUACAAGAAGAAACGUCUUCUCUUCCUGCUGACUUUUUUGACAAUCCUUCAUUAAAUAGUACUUCAGUAAAAGUUUCAGCAACAACGGAAAUAGAUGAACAAGAAUGGAUAAAUUUCCAAAAAGAAAUUUCAAAAGAAACUCAAGUUAGUAAUCAAAUUUCUAAUGCUGACGAUGAACAGUUACAAAGAGAUAGAGAUGAAAUGCAAGAACGUGAACAAGAAUUUUGUUUAGCAAGAUUGGAAAAAUUAAAAAAUGUUGCUAAACGUGUUAAAGAAAAUCGGGGUAAAAAUAUGAUGGUUGAUACUAAUAGUGUGAAUGCAAAAGAUUUCGGUGAAGGAAAUAUUGACGAUACAAGUGACGAAGAUAUUGAUGAUGACUUUAUGGACGGAUGGAUGGAUUGGAGAGCACAAAAAAUUUUAUAAUAAAUAAAUUGACCCAUAAUAG